UUGUGCGGGCGAUGAGUGAGAGGAGGAGGUCUGCAGCUGCCCUCAGUUCAAGGGCUCACGCAUUCUCCGUAGAAUCACUGAUCGGGACAAAUAAAAAGAGGAAAAUCCAGGAAUGGGGCGAGAAGACCAUGGAACUGAGUGUGGACAGUAUAAGCCCGGAGUCGGAGCUUGCAGACAACGUGGAUUCAAGCCAGUGCAUGGAGGUCAACUCCGAGUCCCAGCUGAGCUCAGAUCAGGAGCAGAGCCCGGGGGAAGAAGGCGAAAGCCCAACCCAACAUACAGCCUGUUCAUACAGCUCUCCCGCAGAACUCACUCCCAACUCCACCACAUCUCUCCCAACUUCCUCCAUGGAUGAGAUUCAGAUGGAAUUGCAAUGUGUUGAUCUUUGGAAAAGAUUUCACGAUAUUGGCACCGAAAUGAUUAUUACCAAAGCUGGAAGGCGAAUGUUUCCGGCAAUUAGAGUGAAGAUCACAGGGCUGGAUCCUCAUCAGCAAUAUUACAUAGCAAUGGAUAUCAUCCCUGUGGACAACAAGAGAUACCGAUAUGUUUAUCACAGUUCAAAAUGGAUGGUGGCUGGGAAUGCCGAUUCGCCGGUGCCUCCUCGGGUUUACAUCCAUCCAGAUUCUCUAGCUUCUGGGGACACAUGGAUGCGACAAGUCAUCAGCUUUGAUAAACUCAAGCUUACAAACAAUGAGCUGGAUGAUCAAGGACAUAUAAUUCUUCAUUCUAUGCACAAGUACCAGCCACGGGUACAUGUGAUCCGGAAAGACUUCAGCAGCGAGCUUUGCCCAACCAAACCAGUACCCGGGGGAGAGGGUGUGAAAACGUUCACUUUCCCGGAGACCGUCUUCACCACAGUAACAGCAUAUCAGAACCAGCAGAUUACCCGGCUGAAGAUCGACAGAAAUCCGUUCGCAAAAGGGUUCCGGGACUCGGGCAGAAACAGAACUGGCUUAGAAGCCAUCAUGGAGACAUAUGCCUUCUGGAGACCUCCUGUUCGGACCCUCACCUUUGAGGAUUUUACCAACAUGCAGAAGCAACAAGGAGGGAGCACAGGAACAUCUCCAACAACUUCUAGCCCAGGAACUCCAUCCCCUUCAGCAUCUUCCCAUCUCCUGUCACCAUCCUGCUCCCCGCCUACUUUCCAUCUGGCCCCCAACACCUUUAAUGUUGGCUGCAGGGAGAGCCAACUCUGCAAUCUCAACCUCUCUGAAUAUCCAGCCUGUGCCCGUGGCAACAUGGCUACCCUGCAGAGUUAUCCUGCUCUAGCUGAGGGUGGCUACAAUCGAUUACAAGGUCCCAGUGCUUCUUCUCAACCACCAUCAGAAACAUUUGUUCCACAGAGGACUUCUUCAUUAAUCUCUGCAGUACCCACCCCUUCUUCUUUACAAGGAAACAACAAGAUGGAUGCUUACAGCAGUCAACUGCCACCAUUUACUGCUUCCCAAUUUCAAUACGUCAUGCAAACAGGAAGUCCUACCUCUAACACCUCUUCAUCUCACAUGUUUAGUGGUAGUCAUGUCCAACAGAGCUCCUACAAUGCCUUCUCAUUACACAACCCAUAUAACCUUUAUGGUUACAACUUCUCUGCCUCCCCCAGACUGGCAGCUGGCCCUGAGAAACUUAAUGCCUCCCAAAGCACUUUACUCUGCUCCUCUUCUCCCAAUGGGGCCUUCAGCGAGAGACAGUUCUUGUCCACGGGAAUGGAUGGGAUGCAUGUGAUUGGCUCCACUCCUUCCCAGCAGCCUCAGAAUGCGUGUGACACCAGACAAUAUGGGACUGUCCCAGGGAGUUCUUCACAAAUGUCAGUGCACAUGGUAUAAAAGCAAUAUUUAACAAAAAAUCUUUACCUGAGUUGUCCAUACACAUACAGCACUAUGCACUGGGCACUCUACAGCAAAUUGAUGUCAGCACCAGCAACAGUAAAAUUAUGUCUCCAAAGCAUAUUAUUACUAAUCUUCCUAAGUUAACUGUCCUACAAGCAGCCAUAAACCACUAAUCUCUGAAAUUGUAGUGAUAUUGGGAUAAGCAAAAACUUAGCUAAACUAUACAGAGCACAGAAGAUAAAAAUGAAAUUGGGUCUCUAUCAUUGUCUAGAAUUGCUGAUAUUUGCCCUUUUACACAGGUUACAGAGCAAAUACAUAAUUCUGUUUUUUCCAGAAACUGAACAAAUGCAUUGCAGCAACAGACAUAAUUUGCAAUGAAUGUGGACAAAAUAUGUUGUCCAGUUUUGAGGAAAGAUUGCUUACCUUUCUCAAUACUUGGGAGUAUUAUGUCCCAUUUUUGGACACUUACUGUGCUGAGUUCCAUAUUGAUGUGUUCAGAAUUGUCUCAUCAUGCAGUUGGAGAUACUGUAGUAUUUCAAGAAUGGCCCAUUCCAACAUCGCUUUGUGUAUAGGCCCUUAAUAGACGAACUUUGUUUUAAGUUUCUGAGAAACAAGCUCAUUUGUCUUUUUUUCCUUUUUCUUUUGCAAUUUUGCAAAACUGUAAUGUUGGCGAUUACAAUACCUAACUUGAACAAAGCGUAGAAAGUACAGUGUAUCUAUUUGAGUUCACUGUGAAGAAAAUGCAAACAUUUCUAAUCAAUGCUGAAGACAGAUAUACAUUUAGGAGUAACCUUGUUACUUCUAAAAAGCUCCUCUCAACCAACUGUGCACUCAUCCAGAUGGGGACAAUGCUGUGCAAGUGGCAAAGUACAAAAGUCAUUAAAUAACCCUUUUAGGUGAUAAGUGUAUUAGGCUGUCCCAUUGGGUGUGCCAUAUGAAGUAGCAGAAAGGCACACAAAAUUUGCUCAGUCGCUGGAUGUAUAGAACAACAUACCUUCACCAAAAGAAGAAUCGGCACUUAUCAAGAUGAUCACAGAACUUGGCGAACUACAUGCAAGGAAGCUCUUGACUCUUUUGUGCUGUUUGGAUUUGCUAAUCUAAUAUGGGAACUUUCUCUGGUUCAAAUAAUUGUGCCUGUAAAGAAGCAACCUCCUGUAAACUGAUCUGUAAAUCAAAUUAAAAAUGUGUGGGGAAUGAAA